AUUCAUCUGCUUUGUUUCCUCGCAUUAUUUAUGGGGAGAUUUUUGCUGUUGAUUUCACGUCUUUUCCCCAUUAGCAGUUGAUCAUUCACGCCUUAUAGACCAUGUCCGACCCUAAAGCAGCAGCACAGCCCCCAGACACAGAAAUGGCAAGCGAAAAGUCAUCCCUCGAGCCAGAAGCCCAGCAAAAUACCGGCAACAAUGCAAAGGAUACGCGGAAGUUCUCUGCUUUUGCCUCUCUGGGCUUGCUGGAUCGCUUCCUAGCGGUCUGGAUAUUCCUUGCCAUGGCCAUCGGCAUCAUCCUCGGCAACUUUGUCCCGUCCAUGUCGCCGGCGCUGGCAAAGGGGACCUUUGUUGGAGUCUCUGUUCCCAUAGCCGUUGGACUGCUGGUCAUGAUGUACCCCAUCUUGUGCAAGGUUCAGUACGAGUCUCUGCACCAACUCCUGACCAAGAGGGAUCUCUGGAAGCAGAUUGGCUUCAGCGUCAUUGUAAACUGGAUCAUUGCUCCCUUCUUAAUGCUUGGGCUUUCGUGGGCAUUUCUCCCGGACAAGAGCCAUCUCCGAAUCGGCCUCAUCCUCGUGGGUCUGGGUAGAUGCAUCGCCAUGGUCCUCAUCUGGAAUGCUCUCGCCGGCGGCAACAACGACUACUGCGCCAUCCUGGUAGCAGUCAACUCCAUCCUGCAAAUGGUCCUCUUCGCGCCGCUCGCCAUCUUCUUCCUCCGAGUCAUUAGCGACGAAAGCGAGGUCGUCUCGAUAUCGUAUUCCGUCGUCGCUACAAGCGUCGCAGCGUUCCUAGGCAUCCCCCUGGGUGCAGCUAUUCUGACGAGGUUCUCCCUUCGAUAUAUUGCGGGACCGGCAUGGUAUGAGCGAGUUUUUAUCCGCUUCGUCUCGCCAUGGUCUCUGAUCGGGCUGCUGUACACUAUCCUGGUCUUGUUUGCCGAACAAGGCCACCAAGUGGUUCACCAGAUCGUGUCGGUUGUCCGUGUUGCCGCUCCGCUUAUUGUCUACUUUGCCAUUGUCUUCUUCACCACGGUGGGCAUGUGUCGGAUGCUUGGCUUUGAAUAUCAGUUCCUUGUCACGCAAAGCUUCACAGCGGCGAGCAACAACUUCGAGCUUGCCAUUGCGGUGGCCAUUGCGACGUUUGGCCCGGAAAGCGACGAGGCGUUGGCAUCCACGAUCGGGCCUCUGAUCGAAGUGCCUGUUCUGCUGGGCUUGGUGUAUGCGCUUCGUUGGGUUGCC